AUGAUCCCCCAAACCGCCCCCCGCAGCACCCUCGACCCAGAAGUGCAAUCCUUCCUCACCCAAAACCCUCCCCUCCGGCUCUCAGGCCGCGACAUCUUCCAAGAACGACGCCACCACGUCCAAACCUUCAGCCUGCACAACAUCCCCACCUCAAAACAGCCGUCAAUCCUGCACGUCGAGCACACCGCCAUCCCCGCCGGGCCGCACGGCACCAUCCCCCUGCGCAUCCUGUACCCAACCCGCCCGGCUGCGACCCCGCACCGCCCCUCCGACACCGACCCCGCCAGCCCGACCCCGCACAACCUGGCCCCAGCCCUCAUCUACUUCCACGGGGGCGGAUACACCGUCGGCAGCGGCGACGACUUCGAGCCGGGCUGCCGCCUCCUCGCCGAAGCCGCCGGCAUCCAGAUCUACCUGGUCGAGUACCGGCUGGCCCCGGAGUGGACGUACCCGACGCAGCUGGACGAGUACGACGCGGUGAUCGACUGGCUGCGCGGGGAGGGCGGGCAGGCGCGCCACGUCGACCCGGCCCGGAUCUUCGGGGGCGGGGACAGUGCCGGCGGGAACAUGACGGCGGCGGUUUCGCUGCGCCGUGCGGACAGGAAACUGAAGGGGCUGGAUGGGUUGGUGCUGCUGUACCCCGAGGCACGGUUGCCGUUCGAUACGCCCGCGGCCGUGGAGAAUAAUGAUGGGGCGGGGUUGUAUUUGGAUUGUAACGGGAUCUUCAACUUCGCAGCCAACUACAUCCCCGACGGUGUGGCGCCGUCCAGUCGGUAUAUCUCCCCGGGGAUGCAACCCCCCGACCAGCUGCAGGGGCUGCCGCCGGCCAGGGUGUAUACGUGUGGCUUCGAUCCGCUGCGGGAUGUCGGGGUGGAGUUGGCGAGCAAGCUCCAGGCCGCGGGCAAUGCGGUCGUGUGGCGGCAUUAUGCGGAGCUGUGUCAUGGGUUUCUGCAGAUGGCGCCGUGGAGCGAGGCGGCCAUGCGGGCGUUGAGGGAGGUGGCGCGCGAUGUGCGGGCGUUGGCGGAGGGGCGGAGCAGUGGGGAUGGGAAUGGGCAGAGCGGAGGAUAG